AUGCCACUGAAUCAACUGCAUAGCUGGCUGAAUGCCGUGGUCUUUGGGCUCCUGCUUCUCUUCCUCCAUGUUCAUGGUCAGGACCCAUCAGAGGCCAGCCCCAUCAGAAACACUCACACAGGCCAGGUCCGAGGCAGCCUUGUUCAUGUGAAGGAGACCAAAGUGGGUGUCCACACUUUCCUGGGAAUUCCCUUUGCCAAGCCACCUGUAGGACCACUGCGCUUUGCACCCCCUGAGGCCCCUGAUCCAUGGAGUGGUGUGAGAGAUGGGACCUCACAUCCAGCCAUGUGUCUGCAAAACCUUGAAAUGAUGAAUGUGGAGGCUGUGAAGGAUAUGAAGGUGACCCUGCCUCCCAUCUCAAUGUCUGAGGACUGUCUGCAUCUCAACAUCUACACUCCAGCUCAUGCCAAUGAAGGCUCUAACCUUCCUGUGAUGGUGUGGAUCCAUGGUGGUGCUCUGGUUGGAGGAAUGGCUUCUAUUACUGAUGGAUCCAUAUUGGCAGCCAUAGAGGAUGUGGUGGUCGUUCAUAUCCAAUAUCGCCUAGGUAUUCUGGGCUUUUUCAGCACUGGAGACCAGCACGCCAGAGGCAACUGGGGAUACCUGGACCAAGUGGCAUCCCUACGCUGGGUCCAGCAGAAUAUCGCCCACUUUGGAGGCAACCCUGACCAGGUCACUAUUUUUGGAGAGUCAGCAGGUGGCACAAGUGUGUCUUCACAUGUUGUGUCUCCCAUGUCCAAAGGACUCUUCCACAGAGCCAUCAUGGAAAGUGGAGUGGCCCUGCUGCCUGACCUUAUCUCUGACACCCAUGAGAUGGUCUACACUACGGUGGCCAACCUGUCUGGAUGUGAGGCCAAGGACUCAGAGGCCCUGGUACACUGUCUGAGAGGCAAAAGUGAAGCAGAGAUUCUGGUCAUUAAUGAGGUCUUCAAGAUCAUCCCUGCUGUGGUGGAUGGGGUGUUCUUUCCCAGGCAUCCCCAAGAGUUGUUGGCAUCUGUGGAUUUUCACCCUGUCCCCAGCAUCAUUGGUGUCAACAAUGAUGAGUAUAGUUGGAUCCUCCCCAUGGUCAUGGGCUCUGGUCAGACAAUAAAGGAAAUAACAAGAGAGAACCUGCAGGAUGUUUUGAAGAAUACGGCAGCACAAAUGAUGCUGCCUCCUGAGUGUGGUGACCUGCUAAUGGAAGAGUACAUGGGGGACACUGAGGAUCCCCAAGCCCUCCAAAUUCAGUUUACAGAGAUGAUGGGAGACUUCAUGUUUGUGAUCCCUGCACUCCAAGUAGCACAUUUUCAGCGUUCCCACAACCCUGUCUACUUCUAUGAAUUCCAACAUCAAUCCAGCUUUCUCAAGGGUCUCAGACCACCCCACGUGAAGGCUGACCAUGCUGAUGAGAUUCCUUUUGUUUUUGGGUCCUUCUUCUUUGGCAUGAAACUUGUCCUCACAGAGGAGGAAGAGCUGUUGAACAGGAGGAUGAUGAAGUACUGGGCCAACUUUGCAAGACUUGGGAACCCCAACAGCGAGGGUCUACCCUACUGGCCCAUGUUGGACCAUGAUGAGCAGUACUUGCAGCUGAACAUCAAGCCUGCUGUGGGCCAAGCCCUGAAGGCCAAAAGGCUGCAGUUCUGGACCAAGACUCUACCGCAGAAGAUCCAGGAGCUAACGAGAUCUCAGAACAUGCACAAAGAGCUCUAG